AGAGAAAUUGGCUGAGGAUGCCGUCCCGUUGCACAAUGUUGUUUAUGGAGUUGAAUGAUUUCAAGGAGAAAGGACCUAUACUCCCGAGGGGAGUCCAUUUGUUCGAGAUGGAUUUCGAGCGACAUUCGGAAGGUGGUGUGUGCUUUCACGCAGACCGAGGGUCCAACGUGUGAGUUAAAGACAACCUCAGGAUGAGCUUCAACUUAUGUGCACCUUAUGGUGGGCCCUUAUGUUUCCUUCUUUCUUUUCUUUAAUAACUGUUUACUUAAGUUAACAUUCAUAAAUAUACUUUCUUUAUAAUUGCAUGCUGUGUACGGUCUGUUAUUUUUGCCGCCGGGCGAUUGCAUGGGAGCAGCAAGUUACACAGCAUUCAGACAGAUUAGGGUUCGGGUGGGCGAGACAUCCCAACCUCACGGAUUUAGCGGGACGAAGUCAUAUCUACUCUAGACAUACAGAGUGUGGGAAAGGUGAUUUUCUUACCGCUGAUUCCGGUGGCUGUUAGCGAGGGGCUCCAGACACGGCCAGUAAAAGGGGUUUCACAUACGACAACAUAAUGUUCAUGCCGUGAGACUGCAGCGCACCUAGUGGACAGUCGCGGUACUGCAGGCGUUCAGCCACUCCCCGAAAGUGGAAGGAUCCUGAACCAGGAAGUGCCGGAGUUAACAUGGCUUCGACACGACAGGUCGAGAGUUUGACCGAGGAGGCAAUUUGUCCCAUCUGCCUGGAUUUCUUCACCGAUCCGGUGUCACUGGAGUGUGGGCACAACUUCUGUCGCUCCUGUAUCACACGGUGUUGGGAAAAGGCAGAGAGAAACUCCUGCCCGGAAUGUAGAGAGGAGUUUGCAGACCGCACCCUCAGGGUCAAUCGGGCCUUAGCAAAUCUGUCUGACAAAGCUCGAAAACUAAACCUGAAUCCGAAAGGGAAGGAAAGUAAACUUCACUGCGAGAAACAUGAUGAAGAAUUGAAGCUGUUUUGUGCGACGGACAGGAAACUGCUCUGUGUGAUCUGCAGAGACGCGCGGGAACACAGAGAGCACCGCUUCCUGCCGAUUGAAGAAGCUGUUGAAGUCUAUAAGGACCGAGUUAAAUCUGCCUUAGGCUCUCUCACAGAAAAGAAAUCCGAGCUCAAGGAAAUGGAACGGCAACAGAAAGAGAUGAUCGCUGGAGUUCGGAAACAGUCAAACGGCGUUCAGUCCCACAUCACUUCCCAGUUCGCUGAACUGCGCCAGAUUAUCACCGAGAAAGAGCAGCGCUUACUCCGAGAUCUCAUGGAAGAAGAGGCGAGGAUUCUAAAUCCAAUGGAGAUAAAUCUUCGACAGAUUCAAGAGAAUUUAAAUUCUAUCCAGAAGGAAAUCUCCAAGUUACAGGAACAGAUGGCCCAACAAGAAAAUAUCACAUUCCUCAUGGAGGAAGCUCGUCGGAAGAGGAGGACUAGUGAUGAUGUUUAUGUGCUGUCAGUGACACAUGGUGCCCUACCUGUCGAAAAAUUCGAUCAGCCCUUUUUGUUGAACACAACGUUGAGAGAAAUGUCUGAUACAAUUAAGCGAGUCUCUGUCACCCUGGAUGUGGAAACGGCGAAUCCGCGGCUCGAGGUGUCUGAGGAUCGGAAGAGUGUGAGAUGGACCGGGACCCGGAGGGAUCUCCCUGACACCGGGAAGAGGUUCACACACUGGGCUUGUGUGCUGGGAUCGGAGGGAUUCACAUCGGGGAGACAUUACUGGGAGGUGGAGGUGACGGGGAAUCGGCGCUGGUAUCUGGGAGUCGCCGCAGAGUCUGUGGAGAGGAAGAGAUUGUUGAGACUGAGUCCGGAGACCGGAUUCUGGACCAUCAGGCAGUUUGAUGACGAGAUGAAGGUUCUCACCUCCCCUGAGUCCCGUCUCCCCGACGGUCCCAUCCCCGGGAGGGUGGGAGUUUAUCUCCGUUACCAGUCCGGGACAGUUUCAUUUUACAACGCGGAGACCAAGUCCCAUCUCCACACCUUCACUGGGAAUAAAUUCACGGAGAAACUUUAUCCUUUCUUCUGGACUGGGAAUAAAAACGAGUGUCUGAGAAUCUGCUCCGGUUCCGCUCCGGAAACACCGCGGAUUCAGCAGCAGCCGCGGGAGCGGGUCCUGAGCUCCCCGGCUCCCCCGGGUGCUAAAGUCCACCCGCACCGGGACAGAGCUUGCCGAUUUUGGUCCAGCCGUAGAACGGCCCUUCAUGUUCUUCUUAAUCCCAUCACACCUACUGGGGCACCAGCCGCCGACAGCAGCUCCCCAGAGGCCUCAGUCCUGGGCCUCAGGUUGAUCAGCCCUGAUCCUGAACCAGGAAGUGCCGGAGUUAACAUGGCUUCGAAACGACAGGUCGAGAGUUUGACCGAGGAGGUAAUUUGUCCCAUCUGCCUGGAUUUCUUCACUGAUCCGGUUACACUGGAAUGUGGGCACAACUUCUGCCGCUCCUGUAUCACACGGUGUUGGGAAAAGGCGGAGAGAAACUCCUGCCCGGAAUGUAGAGAGGAGUUUGCAGACCGCACCCUCAGGGUCAAUCGGGCCUUAGCAGAUCUGUCUGAGAAAGCUCGAAAACUAAACCUGAAUCCGAAAGAGAAGGAAAGUAAACUUCACUGCGAGAAACAUGAUGAAGAAUUGAAGCUGUUUUGUGAGACGGACAAGAAACUGCUCUGUCUGGUCUGUAGAGACGCGCGGGUACACAGAGAGCACCGCUUCCUGCCGAUUGAAGAAGCUGUUGAAAUCUAUAAGGACCGGGUUAAAUCUGCCUUAGACUCUCUCACAGAAAAGAAAUCCGAGCUCGAGGAAAUGGAGCGGCAACAGAAAGAGAAGAUUUCCGGAGUUCGGGAACAGUCAAACGGCGUUCAGUCCCACAUCACAUCCCAGUUCGCUGAACUGCGCCAGAUUAUCACGGAGAAAGAGCAGCGCUUACUCCGAGAUCUCAUGGAAGAAGAGGCGAGGAUUCUAAAUCCAAUGGAGAAAAAUCUUCGACAGAUUCAAGAGAAUUUAAAUUCCAUCCAGGAGGAAAUCUCCAAGUUACAGGAACAGAUGGCCCAACAAGAAAAUAUCACAUUCCUCAUGGAGGAAGUUCGUCGGAAGAGGAGGAUUAGCGACGAUGUCAAGUCCCUGUCAGUGACACAUGGCUCCCUACUUGUUGAAAAAUUCGAUCAGCCCUUUUUGUUGAACACAAUGUUGAGAGAAAUGUCUGAUAUAAUUAAGCGAGUCUCUGUCACCCUGGAUGUGGAAACGGCGAGUCCGUGUCUCGAAGUGUCUGAGGAUCGGAAAAGUGUGAGAAACACCGGGACCUGGAGGGAUCUUCCUGACACCGGGAAGAGGUUCACACACUGGAUUUGUCUGCUCGGGUCAGAGGGAUUCACAUCGGGGAGACAUUACUGGGAGGUGGAGGUGACGGGGAAUCGGUGGUGGGGUCUGGGAGUCGCCGCAGAGUCUGUGGAGAGGAAGGGAGCGGUCAGACUGAGUCCGGAGACCGGAUUCUGGAUCAUCGAGCGGCAUAAUGGCAAGAUGAAGGCUUUCAGCUCCCCUGAGUCCCAUCUCCCCGCCGGUCCCAUCCCCGGCAGGGUGGGAGUUUAUCUCAGUUACCAAUCCGGGACAGUUUCAUUUUACAACGUGGAGACCAAGACCCAUCUCCACACCUUCACUGGGAAUAAAUUCACGGAGAAACUUUAUCCUUUACUCGGGGUUGCGGAUAAAAACCAGUGGCUGAGAAUCUGCUCCGGUUCCGCUCCGGGUCUGUAAUCGGGUCGGGUCCCGAGACCGGCCUCAGCAGUAAGUCAAUGUAAAUAUAAAUGUGAGGAUACUGAAAUAAACACAAUGUGAGAAUUAUCGUUAUGGGGGAUUUCAACAUGCAGGGAGACUGCAGGAAUCAGGUUGGUACUGGACCCCAAGAAAGGGAGUUUGUGGGGUCCCUCCGAGAUGGAUUCUUAGAACAGCUUGUACUGGAGCCUACCAGAGAGAACGCAAUUCUAGAUUCAGUGUUGUGCAAUGAACCGGAUUUGAUCAGGGACCUCGAGGUAA